UCGCGUUUGUAUGGUCGUUGCCGAAAGAGAACGAGAAUCUAUUUUUACGCAAUCUUCAAGAGCCGCCGCGCAAGGACCUGGCUCACGAGUCGCCACCCCGCAUCCCCGCCGUUCUUCUUCUUCGGUACAAGCGUACAGCUGUGUAGUACAAUCUUCGCUGCCUUAUAUUACGAUGAAAGACCACCCCCAAAGCCAAGAAAGGUCUGCGUUUGUUCAGUGCAGGGAGGACGGCGACGCCAACCAAACAACUGAUGCUGUCGUCGAGAAGGUUGACGCAGUCGUUCGCCCUGACAGCGGCGGUGACAGCUACGAUUCGGAAGAAGGCAAAGUAGGGGCCAUUCAUCCAUGGAGACAGCUCAUGGACGACCGAAAGAGCAGCAGCGGGGACGACGCAACACCUUUUUUUCACAGUGGUCGAAUCAAGCGCCUCCGUCCUGCGUCCCAAGAAACGCUGUCUCCGCUCACAUUAACCCCCCGAGCGCCGUCUCGCCGAGACAGCCGGUCCCGCGUGAAUUCCAUGGACGACCCCGCCUCGUUUGAAGACAAGCUAACAUAUCAACCCGUGCAAGCAAGCCGACGAAAUAGCGAGCUGCCCCACGCACUCUCCAUCCCAGCACCAUCCGACUUGAUUCCUCUGUACGCGUCCUCGUCCGUGCCGCCGUCAAUCUCGACGCCAAAGCCCUCGACUCCUGGGUCCAGCCCAUUCUUUUACGAGUUCAAUCUGUGGAAAAAAGCUCCCCACCGUCGCCCUGACGUCCAGCCAGUCCAAACGAGUACUAGUACUCCGACAGUGUCACAGGCCGCCGAUCCCGGGGAAACGAAGACGGGACCGGGCAAGGUAGGGUUGGCGGUGCUCCAUCCUCCCAACAAUCAGGUCGACGACAGCACCUCGGCCAUGCUUCACGAGCAUGUUGACGUGGGCGCCGUCGUUCGAAAGCCGCGGUCGGCGUCGAUGCAAGACGACAUGCGCGACUGCGAGCUCACGCGGUCUAACUCGCCCGAUUUCAAGUACCUCCACCGGUUCUUCGGCGACAGUGAGCGGCCGGCGACGCGCAUCAAGUGGAAGCGCGGCGAACUGAUCGGCGAAGGCACGUUUGGCAAAGUGUUCAAGGCACUUAACUCGUGCACGGGCGAGUUGUUUGCUGUCAAGCAGAUCCAAGUGCCGCGCGAUAAGAAGCAUGAACACGAGUCCAAGAUGCUGGCCAAGCUGGGCGAGGAGAUCACGCUGAUGAAGGAACUUCGUCAUGAGCAUAUUGUGCGAUACAAAGGGACCGAUCGGGAUGCGCAUUUCUUUUACAUCUUCAUGGAGUACGUGCCGGGGGGGUCCAUUGCCAGGUACGUACGUAGGUAGAGCAUGGGAGAUGCAUGAAGCAACAUGUCGUCGGGUAGCAUGCUUACCCAUUACGACGUGUUCAACUUGGACUUGAUCCGCAAGUUCACGCGGCAAAUUCUGCUCGGGGUCGAGUACCUCCACAGCAAAAACAUCAUCCACCGAGACGUCAAAGGUACGAUAACAACAACGUGGACAUGCAAGCAGCUAGCGUAGAUAUGCUCAUGGGAUGUGUGGCGGUAGGCGCGAACGUGUUGGUGAAUGAACAAGGCGUGGCCAAACUGGCCGACUUUGGAUGCUCCAAGCAAUUGUCGUCGGUGAAAACUACGAGCAUGGAGGAGAGUUUGCGGUCGAUCCGUGGAUCUGUGCCGUGGAUGGCCCCGGAAAGUACGCCCUCCUACUCAAAUACUCGAUCGAAAGUGUAGCGUGUGUGAUGACGAUAUGGCAUGGUGUAGUGGCCAAGCAAUCCGGACACGACUUCAAAGCCGACAUCUGGAGCGUCGGAGCGACGGUGAUCGAGAUGGCCACCGCCAAGCAUCCGUGGCCGGCGAACACGAACCACCUCUCCGUCAUGUAUCACCUGGCGAUCAACCCCACGGGGCCGCCGAUCCCAGACUGGUUGCCAGACGUCGUCAAGUCGUUUCUUCAGCGGUGCUUCUGUAUCGACCCGAGAGGUACAUAUCCUACUGCAUCAACGUCCCGGUUACCGUCAUCAUGUUGUACUCUUCAGAGCGAGCGACGGCGACGGAACUGCUGCAGCAUUCGUUCCUCCAGUUCGCCUAAGAAUAUUCGCAUUCUGGAAAUUCGAGAACGAGGCGCGCGCCCCGUUGUAGUGAUGUAGGAAGGUGUAUUUUUUUCAUAAUUAUUUAACGCGCAAAGUUUAUUUCGUCCAAAA